GAAGUCCACAGUGAUGCAAGGCCGGUGGGUCAAGCUUUAGAGUGUGCUGACUCCCAUCUACAAAAUGUAGAGAGAGAUGAGGAUGCAAACUGCUGAGAAAGGCGCGUAAGAGCCCCCACUCAACCUCCUGUGGUUAUACGGGUCACGACCUUUGUGUGGCCUCCGUCUCGCGUUGUGAACCCCGUGAGUCACAUGACGUGUAGCGAUGUCUACUCCACCAUCUUGUUUUCAGCUUGGUCCAACUUCUGUUUGCCGAGUAGACUGAACCAGAGACUGACUGAAUGUACGUGUGUACUUGACAAGCUUGAGAGGACUGAUGAAUCACAAGACGAUACAGCUAACGAUGACUGACGAAUUGCAAAGUCGGAGUAAAACUGAAAAGAAACUGCCACUGUCCAGCAAGGUACAGUUGAAUAAUGUCCGGUAUCAAGGAAGGAGACGACGGCUGAUCGGCUAAAGCGGUUUGUUUUGUUAAUGAAUCAUAAUCGGGAAACAGAACAAAUACACACAAAAGCGAAUGUGACAAAGCAGUAUGGCCUUGUAAGGUCAGGGAGAGAAACAAAUAUUUCAAGCAGGAGUCCAGAAAAAGGAACAUCACAGGAUCUGGUACCAGACAAUCCUCCUAUCGAUGGAAACAGAGAGGACAGUUGUAUGACUUUUUAUCAUCAUCAGCCAGAAAAACGAACUGGGGAUGUUUUGUUCCCUAAGUCAUAUUCAUGCCCUGCAAUAUUAGACAUUCCAGCAGCUCAUGUACCCCCGGCUGGUGAACUGGAGCUCACAAAGACAAUGGUUAUAGGGUCAAGUAAUAGAGACGAGCUGAAAACACAACCUGACCAAUCUAUAUGCAGAGGUAGCGAAAUAUCUAAUUUACAGGAAAUUAUAAAGAAAAAUCGACGAUGGGGCAAAUAUCAUCCAGACACUUGCCAGAAACUUUAGUACAACAAUCAAAAGUGAAACCCAAAAUGACAGAUGAAGUUCUAGAAACCUGUUUUCAAAGGAAGAAAUUGAAAGUAUCGACGCUAAAAUAAGUUUUAAAAACCGAACACGAGACAUCUUUCAACGGUCACUUAGAAGAUACGAGAGUUUAGGAAAGGAAACAAUGCGGGAAAUAAUGUUCAGUUCAGAUGCCAUCACCCCUUCUGAACGAGCUAAAUAUUCAACAAAGACUUCAGGUAGUAUUGAUGAAGCAAGAUGAUAUAGUAUCUGCUCCGCUACUUCCCACCAGGCUUAGCGACCCCCUGGUGUCGGAGUUCUGGCGCCUUGCAACCUUCAAGGAUGCGGUGGACGUUCCGGUGUUCGUCCAGCGUCUGGCGCAGAGCGGCUUCUACUACAACGACGAGCUCAACGACAUUCUCUGCUUUAGUUGUGGUGUCAGCAAGAGGCACUGGCACCAGGGGGACAGACCUGCGCUAGUUCACCUUCACCUGUCACCGAAAUGUCCCCAGGCCAACUCCUGUGACUCCAGGAACAUCCCAAUCACAACCAUGUAUCAGCCGCGCGUGACGUGUCCAACCAGAAGUGACACUGCAUCAUUUUCGGACCAACCACACCUGGUAGAUGACCACAGAAAUAACGCUACUUCUAUGCACAACCCUACUGCAUCAGAGAAGGAACCUAAUUCAUCUAGCAAAGAUUCCAACUCCUCCAAUUCAACAAGACUUAGCUCUGAAAAUACUGGAUCUGUCGUUUCAUCUUCUUCAUCAGCAACUCCAAGAAUAGUGCCGCCUCCUUAUGAUGCUACCAAAGUCACUUACCGUGACGUCACGUUUAGCCAGCGGUUGUUGACCUUUACCACCUGGUCAAGCUCUACACCUUCCCCAUCUGAACUGGCUGAAGCUGGAUUUUCUUACCUAGGGGUUGGAGACAGCGUUCGCUGCUUUUCCUGUUCACUGACACUGAAGAACUGGACAGGGGAGCUUACCCCAUGGGUAGCGCAUGUGGUGUAUCGCUCAUCCUGUGACUUCGUUCUCUCUGUCAAAGGCGAAGACUUUGUUACAACUACGCUGGUGACCUUUGGCAGAGCCCAGCAUAAAGCAGUUGGAAAUUCAUCGAGAAUGCAGACGCACGAAGCAACUGUUUACGUCACCCAUGUGUCACACACGAGGGAGGCAACUGCUACCGGAAGUAAACUUCGCUCUCUGGCGGCACAAGGUGGUAUCCCCUGUGAUUCAGUUUCUCUCACCAGCGACUCCAGGCCGCAGAUGACAGGUACCCGGAUUCAACUGGACUCUGUGCACGAGAUCCUAACCUGUAGAAAGUGUCGCCACCGCGAGGUGGACACAGUCCUCCUGCCCUGCGGUCACCUGUGCGCGUGCAGUGCGUGUGCUUCAGACAUGACUCAGUGCUUAGUUUGUCUCCAGACUGUUAUGGCCACUGUCCUUGUACAGCAAGAGUGAAAAAGAAGACAACAGUCUGUCUACAGGUUUGCCAACACAUUUUGCAAUUCCGUCUGAUGGGAAACAAAUUGUAUAUUUGUAGUCGAUUCUAAGCAAGGAAUAUUAAAACAGAAAACCGAAUUCAACAAAAACCUUACGAACCUUGCCUGUAGCUUAUUUCUCCUGUAAUCAAAUUUUAAAUGUUAGAAGAUUUAAAAUUUUGAAGAGCACGGUCAGGGGUCAUGAAAACAUCGGAGACUUGUCAUUUGUCGUAAGUCAUUAUUAGUAAACUAAACUUUUGAUGGCAAAUUUUUUUACUGGUCACACAGCGUCUGUUAGAGACCUGAUUUUCAUUUUACUGUAAAAUAUUUAGUAGGAUUGACAGAAUAGCUUUUUGAAGUUAGAUAUUUUUAACAAACAGCUGUUGAGUACCCACCACCCAAACUAUAUUUCAACUCUCACACAGCUGAGAGGAUCAGUAGUGUCCACGUCGUGUAGUUUGACGUGUUUGUAGAAAUAUAUUCCUGGGUUUGACAACUUGCUGGCAAAUUAACGUUUCAUUUAAAAAUACUGGAGUAUGUAAUCGAGUUGCCAUACCAUGAUUAGACAUUACCCCUGCAGUGUGUUUAGUACAGAACAUUGCUUUGUGACUGUAUCUCGACCAGAACACUAUCAUAUUAUAUUUUGUCAGAGUGUAAUAAGUAUGUAUGCUGAACUCAUUAAUUACUGAUUAAAGUGCUAAUCACUCAAAAGAUGUCACUGAAAAAUAGACUAACCCUAACUAUAAACCCAGCCCUAACAAAAAUCUUAUCGUUGUUGCAAUCUUUCAUUACUUUAUAGCGGGGUAUAGUUUUAACCAUGUAAGGGUUGACCCCACGAUAGUCAUUGGUGAUUUGAGUAAGAAGAAGAAAAGUUCCUAUCAUAUUAUCCACAUUAAGUGUAGAUAAAAGCAGGCGAUACGUGUGUUUCGUUCUCUUCCACCCAAACACUUGGCAAAGAUGUAGAGACGACAGUCACGUGGGUUGAGAAAAGCUGAGAGGUUAACACGAGGAAAGACCAGCUCCUAUAAGAUGUGUAGAUGGGAGAUGCAGCUAGAGAGUAAACAUUUACUUUUAAUGGUUGUAAUAGAGUGAAUAAAGUAGUUUAAAAUUAUA